AUGAUUCCGAAGGUUCGAGUGGAGUUGAAUGAGGAUGGAAUCUUCACUGUGCGCAAAGAUACUUUUGAUGACCCAGCCACUGUGCGAGAGGCUCGGGAGGAACUGUUGCGGCAAUGCGAGAAAUUGGCUGCUCGCGAUUCGAAAUUCGCGUUGAAAUGGGUGCAAGCUUUGGCGAGAUGCGAGGCUAAGGAUCUCCAUUGGAUGCCCGAUGCCUUAGCGGAGAUCUUGACAAUUUCUGAUGAGGAAAAGGUAUCUCUUCUGGAGGAAAGAAGUCUGGUAGCUCGAGCGAGACGGCUUGGUGAUAUUAUUCGUGGAAAGAUUGGUGAUGGCGAGAAGAAUAGAGAGGAUAUCGAUCAGCUGAUCGAUUUGGGGAGGAAGAUCCCUCUUGGGAAUACCGGUGAUAGGACUCGACGGGUGUUUGAGAAGGAGUUAACGAGGCUAAGUCAGCUUGAGCCGAGCUCGCAGGAGUACGCAGUAACAAGACAGUAUCUCGACGUUGUCCUUUCAUUGCCGUGGACUUCUACUGAGGGCGUCGCCGAUCUCUCUGCAGUGCGCUCGAGUUUGAGUGCCACUCACUAUGGUUUAGAAGAGGUUAAGGAGAGAGUGGUAGAGUUGUGGGCGUUGGGCAAGAUGUCUCAUCCUUCGACUAGACAGGUUAGACCGUUACUCUUAGUGGGUCCACCGGGCUGUGGGAAGACUUCAAUUGCUGAGAGUAUUGCGAAGGCCCUUGGGAGGAGGUUCGAGAUGGUGUCUCUGGGAGGACUGUCGGAUGCUGGUGAGCUGAAGGGACACCGUCGGACUUAUAUUGGAAGUCAACCGGGGAAGAUUCUAUCAGCGUUGAUUGCGAGCGGGAGCAAGAACCCU